UUUUCAGAAUGCGCUGAGUUUUUCUACUAACAACAGAAAUGGCUACGGAUGUUACAUUUUACGCUGACCGCCUGGCUCAAAAAGAGCAUGAACUAAAUGAGCUCCAAGCUACGUUUAACAAAUUCAAAUUAAAGAGUAAAGUAAAGUUUGAUCAGUUGAGAAAAGAAGUUAGUGCUUAUUGCAGUGAACACGGGUAUUCAAUCAACGAGAAAGAGAAUAAUGCUUUAUUACUUAUCCGGUUAGCUGAGACUGAAGUCGAACUGGAUGCCGCCUGCAGAGAGGCUGAAGCUCUCCGUAAGGAGUUGUCCAAAAAACAGACGCAGCUCAAUGAUCAGCUCAUUCUCAUCAAGAACAUGGACGAACAGCUUCGUGCGACGCAACCGUUGAGUCCUGCCGAAAUCCAAGAGAGAAAACGUGCGGCUCAGAUGAUCGACAUCGAUCGUAUACAACAACAAAUGCUCUUCAAGGAUGAACGCAUUGUUGAGUUGAACAACGUCAUCUUGGACAAGGAACGGCAAAUUCUUGACCUUCAGGAACUCUGCCGCGAACAAGGCGAGGUGGCCAGCGUGACGAGCCAGGCAGCACGAAUCGUUCAAAGACAGUGGGAGGAACGGAAUCGUGAACAUCGUGAAGUUGGCACAGAGACCGACAGUUCGCUUUGGGCUCCGGUUCGAUCGGCGCAGAGGAGCUUGGAACCUCGUGUUCGUGGGGAUUCACCUGGACGUGCCGUCGCGAACAGAGGAACGGCAAAUACUUCACCACCACCACUCGAUCCCAGCGAAGCACUCGAAAGAUCUGGAAGAAGGGAUGAUGAUGACGAUUAUCCCGGCACUUCCAAUUCGUUUUCGCAUCGAAGUGCCGACAUCGAUUAUAGUCUACGAAAGAAGAAUAGGAAACGAGUGACAUUCGAUUUGUUAUCCACCGCUCAAGCUCAACAGUCGAGCAUUCGAUCUGAUGAGCACUUCACUCAAAUGGUGUUAGAGCUUUCCGGAGAGAAUGAACGACUGAGACGGGAACUGCUAGACACGACCGCAAACUUGGAUCGUCUACAGAGCAAGAUAGAUAAGGCUGACAACGACAUGACAAAAGUAGUUCGGGAAGGAAAAGCACAGGCGCUAAAGGCUCGAGCUGUAGCACAGGCAAGAAUCAAGGAACUCGAAGAUCACAUGGCGCAACUGAACACUCAGCAUGCGGAACAGGUCGAUCGUCUACAAACAGAAAUCGAAAGCUUGCGCAGUACUAGGGAGUGGGAGGUCGAGCAGAAUGCGCAGCUGAGGGAGCAAUUAAACCAAGCGAAGACGAAGAACCAUAAACUAACGGAAGAGCUGGAUGCUAGCGAGAAGACAAAUCGCGACUGGGAAGUCAAGGUCGCUCAAGGAGAAGAAUUCUUGGAUCAGUUGAUUGAGGAUCUAGCCGAAGCGGAAGAUACCAUCAAGUAUAUGGAACGACAAAAGCAUGAUAUCCUGGACGAUGUGGACAAACUUAAAGACGCUAUUAUCGCUCAGGAUCAAUUGAUAGAAAUUUUGGAAGCUGAUAUUGUCAUUUACGAAGAGCAUAUAGGAAUCUUGAGAGAAUCACUCGGUGCAUCGAAGGUCGACCAUCGUGCUUUGCUUCGGUCUAAAGCAUUUGAAACGAAACUCAAAGCACUUGAGAGAGAAAAGGAGCAAAUCACAACUAGAUCCAAAGAAGAGCGACUGCGUACGAAGGCUCUUGAUCAAAAAUGCAAAGUACUGGAAGAGGAGAACGAGAAACUGAUGGAAAAAGUUUGCGAGUUCGAAAUGCGUGAACGUGACGAGGCCGAUAUGACCGAAACGUGCAAACAGCUGGAAAAAAGAAUCAGAGAGGCUGAAGAACGUGAGCAGGUACAGAGAGCCGAGUGUGAAUUACGAGUAGAGACUGCCCGACUGGAAGCUGAACGGAAGAGCGAAGAAGCAGCUCGAUUACUAGAACAGCUGCACGAUGCAAAACUCCAAGCGACAAGAAGAAGCUUAUCACUGGAGCGCAGCAAAGAAGGAUCGAACGAAGCCAACACGGGACAGACCGAAGCGAAUGUGGAAGUCGAGCAACUUAGAGCACGCUCGAUGGAACAAGAGUCAGAGGUGGCACAUCUUCGUGAGGAAGUGCAACAGAUGAACGAUCUUCGUGCAGAAAUGGAACAACUACGAGCGAAAUGCUCUGAAACUGCUGAAGAAGUGGACAGAAUGCAUUGCACCAAUUUCGAAUUGAUGACCAAAGCUGAUAAUUUGGAAGUCAAUUUGAAAGCAAAGGAGGAGGAAAAUCAAACCUUACGAACAAUGUACGAUAAAAUAUCUGAGGAACUAUCGCAGUUGCUCGCCGAAGAGGAGACGCAGGAGCAUGAGGGAGAGAAGACGCAAGCAGAGCUUGAAUCUGUUCGACAGGAACUCACUUCCGCGCAUGAACUAAAGACCAAUCUUGAAGAAGAGAUAGAAAAGCUGAAGACCGCCUUAGCGCAUACGGAAGCUUCAUUAGCUAGCUACCGCGUCGAUUUGGGUAAAUCCCACGAGAAAGUGGAGAGGCUCGAGAGUGAUCUGUUCGCUGCUCGCGCCGAGCUGGACAAUGCCCGUCUCGGCUUGCAGGAGACGAACGCGGUCAAGAAGGAACUCGAACAACUUCGCGAAGAGCUUGAGCACGAGAAGUCAUCUGGUAGGGCGAAAUGGGAGGAAGUGUGCAAGAAGUUCCUUGAAGGCGAGUCGAGCUCACCACAAAGCCGAAAGAAUUCGCUGGAGGUGAUCAACAAGGUACAACAUGUCGAGUACAUGACUGCGUUCGAGGAGAAGAUCAAAUGUCUUGAGAAGGAAUUGCAAGAAGCUAAAGCGAAAAUCGAGCAAGAUAGGCUGGAAAAAAAGAAACUCAAAUUGGCGUUGAAACAAAUGCGAGACAAAGAGAAGGCUAAGGUCGAGUCGGUGCAAGUCUUGCCAACUCUGACCGAGGUCCACGAGACGGCGGUCACUCAAGAAUCGAUGCAAAGCGCAGCUGCCCAGCCGCAAACCGGUGAAGAGAUGGAGAAGCUGAGAAGUAGCGUCAAGGAAUUGGAGCUUGAGAAUCGCCUUUCCCGCGAGCUGAACUCCGAGUACAACCAUACAAUGCUUGAAAUGGAAAAGGAAGUGAUCGCUCUGAAAGCGCAAGUCACCUCACUGCAAGGAGAAACGCAGCAUUUUGAAAUGGAAUUGAAAUUGCACGAAAUGCUCGAAGAGGAGCUUGAGAAAGAGUUGUUCGAAGCUCGUCAGAAGAAUCAGGAGCUGACCGAAGCAGUGCGCGCUCAUGAGGAUACACUGGAGCAUCGUGAUGAGCAAGUGAAUGGUGAAACAAAUGAGCAGAAUCGACUGGAAGAGCUCAUGUCCGAACUAAAUCAACUUCGAGAGAAGAACAUGAGACUGAGUGAAGAACUGGCAGUAACUGUUGAAAAUACUACAGCUAAAGAUGUUGCGCUGCAAAAGGAAAGGGAGAACUCAUUACAGAAAGAUAAAGCUCAUUCUGAAGAAAUAACGUCACUCUCAAAAUCGUUGGAGAAUGCUCAACGUGCCAUAGCCGAUGUUGAAGAACGUUUAACUCAAAGUGAAAGCAGUCUAGCUGAAAGCAAGUCUACCAUCGAAAUUCUGAGAAAAGCCGUCGAAGAGAAGACUGCACAGGCUCAACAACUGCAGAAGGAACUUAUGAGCUACAAACAAGAAGAAAACAUCCAGCAAACCGCGCUACUCAAAGCAGCCACCACCACAUCGGAAGUAGUUGCCAGUGUGUUAGUUGGUGAAACUGAAUCGGUUCGCUUUGAUGCAAACAGAGCGGAAGCCACAGCUACGCUGGAAACAAGGCAACCUUUGGAGUCGAGUGUGGAAUUAACAGUUCCAGAACCAGAAAACAAGGAGGCCAUCCUGCAAGGAACUCCGAGAGCAUCACCCGCUCCUGCUGGUACUGAUCUUUUUGCGGAAAAUUUGAUCUUACGUCAGUGCGUGAAUGAGUCAAAUCAGAUGCAGAAGGAUCUAACGGAGGAUGUGGAAAAGAUGUGGCAGCUCAAAACUGAGCUUGAAAACGCUGUUGAGGCGCUCAAAGGAGAGAUUUGGUCUCUUAACGGACAACUCAAAGCCUCCAUUUUGGAUCGGGAACAUCUAGAAGAUCGCGUUGUGGAACUGGACACUUCGUUGGCAGCGGAGAAAAAACGAGCUGAUGCCUUAGAUUGCGAACUCUCUGAACAGACCGAACUGACUGAGAAAGCAUCCCGUCAGGCGGCUGAAGCUGAAAAUGAAAGCAAUCGCCGACUUGCGGAAUGUCUUGAAAUGGAAACUCGAAGAGAACAAGUGGAGAAGGCAUACGCGCAACUCAGCGAGUACUAUAGCCAGCUUCAAGCCGCUUACAAUGUGAUUUACGCGAAAAUGACAGAAUUGGAAAAAGAAAGAGCUCGUGAACAAAGCCAACAACAACAGGCACCUUCCGACCACUCCGGUAAUGUCACUGCUGUGAUUGACACAAUCUUAUCUGAGCUUCACUUGGAGUCGUUAGACGGCCUCGACUUGCAUGGUAAAGUCCUAUUGAUCCAGAAAACAUUGCGCGAAAAGUUAGCCGAGCUCGAGGAACAUCGGCAAGCAAUAACCGAACAUCGCCGAGCAAAUGAGGAAUUACACGAACAGCUGCGUUCGCUUGAAGAGGAGACGAACAAAGCUGGCGGUGAAAAUCGAGAUGCAAAGGCCCGCUUACUCCAACUCGAGGGUGACUUGGAGUGGAAGCAGGAUGAAUGCGACAGCUUGCGUCGACGAGUUGACGAGUUACAAUCCACUAUUGACAAGCUGGUGGAACGAAAUCACGAAAGCGACACUGCCAAAUUGGCAACUCGCCAAGCGGACGUCGAUUCACUGUUCCGUGCCAAUGCCGAGCUAGCACACACGAACGUACGAUUACAAAAUGAGAUCGAGGAGUACGAGGAGAAAGUCGAGCCGCAAGGUGACGAGCUAUCCGCGCGGAAAGUGGAGGAACUGCAAGAGGAGUUAACUCGUUCGCGAAAUGCUGAGGCUUCCCUUCGAGAACAGCUUGACGAACUACGAACCCGUCUUCAUGAAGCUGAAGCAAAGUUAGAAGAGUAUGUGACCCGUCACGAAGAUAACACCCCGCAAAACGCUGCACCAGCAACAGACGGAUCUAAGGAUGAAGAAGUAUCAGUCAGAGUGCCCGUGGAAAACUCACAGGAAAGUAUGGAAGCCGUCAGUUUACGCGACGAAGUCACUCGGUUAGAAGGUGUUGAGAAGUUGCUGAACGAGAGAAUUUUGUGUCUUGAAGAUCAACUUAUGGAAGGCGAAGAGCGACUUCAAGAGAUGGAAGAAGAGCUUAUGGACGAAAAAAAGAAGAUUCAGUCUCUGGAAAAGGAUAAAGGAGCCCUUACUAAGCAAUUGGAGCAAAUUAGUAAUAAUGCAAGUGAAAGUAGUGACCAAACAUCAUCAGCUGCUGUUAGCUACCUACAGAUGCAAUUAGACGAGGCAAAGAAGGAACUUUUGAAGUGUCAGGAAGAGCUGAAAGAUCUUCGUACAGCAAAAGAGGAGUCUGCCAGUUCGGAGUUGUUUCAAACUGAACUCAUGCAUUUGAGGACCGAACUAGAGCAAAGUAGAAAAGACUUGAAGAAUCAGCAAGAGAUCGAGGAGGAUAAGAAGAGGACUGAAAAUGAACUCGAUGCUGUUCGAAGGGAGCUAGAGGAUGUGCGACGAUUGCUUAGUGAGAAGGAGCAAGAGAAGGGGCGAGCCGAAGAUGAUGCUUGGGGCUGGGAAGACUCGCAACAAAGCAAUGUCAACGCUUUGGAAGUCUCCAAUUUGCAGUCAAAAGUCGCGCAAUUAGAGGAAGACGAGCGCAAGUUGAGAAAGAUCAUCGAAGAACAACAAUCGGCGAUUGAAUCCAUGAAAGAGGAGUUGGCUAAUGCUGAAGCUUGCCAAGAAGAGCUAGACGAUGCCAGCAAACAAGUGAACGAGCUGCAACAUGAGCUGCGAGAGUUGAAGAAACAAAUGCAGACCAAAAAUGAUGAGGAAAUUCAACUGCGAAACAAGCUGGCCGAGUUGGAAAGCAGAUCUGACAACUGGGGUGAUGACUGGAAUGAUUCGUCGACAACAGCCUUAAAAACAGACGAGGAACGCGAAGAACUUGAGAGAAGCAGGGAUGAGGCCAUUCAAAAAGUUGGUGAAUUGGAGCUAGAGAUACAGAAGAAAAUGUAUGCGUUAGUUGAAUCGGAGAAAGAGUUGGCUAUACUGAAAGAGCGGAAUAGCAAGCUUGAAGCAGAAAAACUUCAGGUUGACUUGCAGAUGACAGCUGAAGAAGAUGGCUGGGGCAAUGACUGGAAUGCUUCCAAACCGGUGCAGGAAGAAAACAAUCUGCAAGAAGAAAGGAAACGACGUGAGGAAGCUGAUGCCUUGGUGGAGAAUUUACGUGAUGUUUCUGCUACGCUUCGUGAACAGGUCGACGAACUUCAAGAAAAGCUUUUGAGUGAAAUGGAGAAGUCAGAACAGAAACAGGCUGAAAUUAGUCGGCUAAUGGUGAAAGUGGAACAACUGCAGUCGAUGAUAGCGUCUCGAACAGAAAUCCAGGAAGCAGAACAUCAUCGAAGUGAAAAUGAGAUGGAGACGCUGUGUGAGGAACAGCAGCGCAUCCAGGAUGACUUGAACAGCGCCGAAACCGAAAAGAUUCGACUUGAAGAACAGCUGAUGGCGAGCAAAAUAUUGUGUGACGAUUUGAAAACAGAACUGCAACUGCAGAAAGCGAACAGCACGGAGCUCACAGAGAAGUACGAAGAAGUGAAGAAGAGGUGUGAGGAUGUGGAAGCUCUGUUGUUGACGGUUGAAGCCGAGCGUGAUUCCUUGUCUGAACGUCUUGCAAUGGUCAAAUCGCAACUGGAAACAGUGAUGAAACAGAUUGAUGAGAACAAAGUGAAGGAGAAGGAAACCGAUGAGAGACUAAAGAAUGAGCUGAGAGAGCUGAAAGCACAGAAGCAUCAUCUUGAAGAGGAUUUGAGCAAAAUGCGUCAAGAACUCGAAGAGAAGAAUGUUCAGAAUAGUCUGCUCAAAGAUAGCGAAGCGCGUUUGCUCGAUUCAGUAGACGAGUACGGUGCACAGGCUGAGAGAUAUCAACAGGAAUCAGAAAGGCUGCAGAAAGUUGUAGAUUCAAUGGAAAAAGAAAGAUUAGCCUUGGAAGAACAGAUAAAAGAAGUGAAAAUGAUUGAAAAACAACAUGAGCAGGAUUACCAACAGGCCAAAGAAAAGUUGUUGGUCAUGGAAAAAGAGCGCGAAGCCCUUAAAGCAAAGAUCUCCCAAGAAAGCAGUAGCCAGCCGUCAUCGUCUGUGGACACACGAGAGUACCAGAACAUUGUCAGUCAAUUAGAGAUGGUCACUGCUGAGCGAAAUGAGUUACGCAGCCGGUUGGAUAACACUGAGUCUAGGCUGAAUGUAUCCUUACAAGAAAAAAUGGCCAUCACUCGUUCUUACGAACAGCUUCGUAGUAAACUGGCUGCUCGUCGUAAGGCACUGGCUGGAUCUUCUGGUGAAACGUCACGUCGUUCCUCUGUUGUAACUCCAGAUAUACCAGAAGAGCCUCGCCGACCAGAGGAACCGAGCCCUUCCCCGGCACCCGCAUACCAUUCGCAGGCUGCAGAAAAGGAUGUGAUACGGCGACGUGGUCACCAUUAGAGAUGAAUGUCCGAAGAGCCUCUAUCACUGCCUUCUGAGAGCUAUAUGGUCGCUAUUGGUUUUAUAUCAUUGUUAUGUGAAAUAUUGCUUAUUGCAUUGAGUUUUUCUUCCCACUGUGAUGUCGAUAUAGGACAACUUUGAACGAGAAUGGGUAUUGGUAUUUAUUUUGUAUAGUUUGUCCAAGAGAAGUGCUAUGUGCUUGAAAAUGAUUUUUUUCGAAAUAUCAAGCAAAUUCUGGCUUGUCAAAAAUAAAUGGUUCUGCGAAA